AGAGAUCUGGAUAUCCCCCCCACAACUUAACGCGUUCCCGGUUCCCGGUCCCACCUAACGAGAUCCUGGGUUCCCGGCCCGCAGCCGACUGCCAGCGGGUUGGUGCCGCCGAGGGUCGGAAGCGCGCGAGCUCGUCCCCACGGCUGCGAGGAGGGUUUCCCCAGACCGAGUCGCGGAAACGGGGUACUCCGGCCUCCCGCCCGCUCUCCGCCUGAUCUUCGCGGUCGCAGACGCUGUGCGCCCUGCGCGAUGGGUGCCAACGAGGACCAGGAGAUGGAACUAGAAGCUUUACGUUCUAUUUAUGAAGGAGAUGAAAGUUUCCGGGAAUUAAGUCCAGUUUCAUUUCAAUACAGGAUAGGUGAAGAUGGUGAUCCCAAAGCCUUCCUAAUAGAGAUUUCCUGGACAGAGACCUAUCCCCAAACGCCUCCGGUUAUAUCUAUGAACGCGUUUUUUAACAACACCAUCUCCUCGGCUGUGAAGCAGAGCAUCUUAGCCAAACUACAGGAAGCAGUAGAAGUGAACCUUGGCACCGCCAUGACCUACACAUUGUUCGAGUACGCUAAGGACAAUAAAGAACAGUUCAUGGAGAACCACCACCCCGGGAAUUCUACGCCAACACCCAUAGCCAGUGUCAUCUCGGUUGAAGCUCCCAGCACAGCCCCAUCAAGUAAGAAAAAAGACAAGAAAGAACAACUUUCCAAAGCUCAGAAACGCAAGCUGGCAGAUAAGACAGAUCACAAAGGGGAGCUCCCUCGAGGCUGGAACUGGGUUGAUGUCGUGAAGCAUUUAAGCAAAACUGGCUCUAAAGACGAUGAGUAAUACCCGCAGAAGAAGCAAGAGCAUCUCUGCAAAGCAACCCGGAUCAACACGUCUCCUUACCUUUUCUGGCACCGGGUGGCUUUUUACAAGACAUAGCUCUUUUGUACGUGUCUUUAAAAAUAGAAGUGGAAAGUCCACGAAGAGAUCUGGUUGUAGUAAAUUAUUUUCACAAGCUUGCCUUAAUAAAAGGUGAAAGCGUAACCCUUGAGAGUACUCUCUGAAGCCAGGGAGCAUCGUCGGCAGUGGACGGCCCUGAGGGGUGAGUCAGUGGUGCCCAGGAUAGCAUCGCUGGUACUCCAUGGCGUCUCCCCUUAAGUCGCCAUCUCCUGCUUGGAUAACAAAGAGAAAGCUGCCUCAGAGCAAUCUCAGUACUGGUGCUGAGAGUUCUGAUUCUUUCUGUAGUUCCUCAUUCGUCAGCAGUCAAGUGCUUCCCCUUAAUAAAUUGAUAUCUAGUUAUACUUUUCUCUUAGCUUGGGUGAAGAUGUUUGAUCAUGAGAUCUUCCAAUUCUAUGAAGAGUAGAAAGAAUAUAAGAAGAAAACUGAGAGCCUGCGAAGGAGCUCAGUCAAUAAGCUUGCCUGGCAAGCACGAGGGCCCAAGCCAUGUAGAAAGCCAGGCAUGCGCCUGAAACCCAGUGCUGGGCAGGCAGGGACGGGAGGAUCCCUGGUGCUUGCUGGCCAGCCAGUCUGGCGAAAUCCCUGAACUCCCUGUUCAGUGAAAGAUGCUAUCUCAAGUAAAUAAGGUAGAAAGCAAUAGAGGAAGAAGACAUAUAAUAGAUCUCGAGCCUCAACAGGCAACACACACAAAUACAUAGAUAUAUCAUACAACAGACAAAACAGAAACAACAGAUGUGCCAAAUACUUCAGAAGGCAUUUGAAUAAGUGCUAGCUCUUGUUUCAAAUAUUUCUCUUUGCUGCACAUGCCAGGAUGAGUACAAGAUGCCUUAAUAUUUAAUUUUGUAUUGUUGGAGACCGUGGUUUUAAUAAAUUCCUAUUAUCUGCUAUUGUGAUGUUUUGUUGGUAACUAAGGUCUUUCAGUGGAUUCAGCAUAAAACACAUUUCCAAUCCUGGGCGUAGUGCUUAGUUGUUGUGUGUGGGGGGGUCUGCUUUUCAGUGGGUUUUUUAUUUGUUUUUAUAGUCAAAUAUCCAGAUGUAUUCUUUUUAAUAAUAUACACACAAGUCUUUCACAUGCUUGGUUCUUGAAGUCAUUAGGAAAGGAAACCUGUGGUAGUUUAACCUGGAGGGUGUGUGUGUGUGUGUGUGUGUGUGUGUGUGUGUGUGUGUGUUGCGGUGACUGUUUAUGCUUCAACGUUGUCAGAAUGCCAAGUUGUACCGUGUAGUGUAGCCGACAAUUUUUAAAGAAGUUACCGCAGCAUUAGAGCAGCCUAAGAGGUGUCCAUGGAUUUCCCAGAGUUACCCUUGGCUUCAGAUAAACCAUGUGAGCUGUAAAGUAAGUGUACUUACACUGAAAGCGUCUGCCCGCAUUUGAAAGAGCUGACUCCCGUGUUGCUCCAUGGGUUAAUAUUGACAUUGAAGACACCCAGACUAUGACAUCUUUUAUUUUCAAGGUUCUGUCUGUGUAGUUUUUAUUGUCAUCUUGAUUUCUUUUUUUUUUUUUUAAGAAAUAUCUUGUAAUGGGCAAAAAAAGCGUUUCGUUCUGUUUUAAAGCUAUUACACUGGUCAAAGUUACUGUGGGUCUUAGAUCGCAAAGAAUAAUGCUAGUUAAAUGCCAAUGAACUAUUUUUACUCUUUUUCUAUGAAUUGUACAAAUCUCUGGGGCAGCCGGUGGCAGCGGCGCCUCCUGUUACCUGUGUGAACACUUGAACUCUGUCAUCAACGUCGCCGUCACCGGAUAUGCCCCCAGUAUAUUUUCUCAGAGUCUAUUUCCUUAAGACUGUAUGGAUGACAUGCCUGAGAAGCAAUAAAGUCGGAAUCAUAAUGA